AUGUCACGCUACGAUGCUUUACCAACGACGGCCACCCACAAGUCGAACGGGAUCAUUUCCAAUGGCCAUCAACCAUCUCCACCGCACCAACAACGACCGAAACAACCUUCGAUUGCUCAGACGUCUCAGAACGGUGGCAAUCCGUUUUUUACGCGUGAUCCACAACAACUUCGUGGAGAAAUGGUGACGACAACAAUCGUCAAAGGUCCCAAAGGGCUUGGCUUUACCCUGAUCGGAAAUGACGCCUCUAGCAAAGGAAAUGAAUUCAUACAGGUACAGCCUGUCUCGUACUUCGUUUGA